UGGCGCUUAUUAGUUUGUGGAGAUCAAACUUGUUUCCUUCGGUUGUGGGCGCUCAUGCAAGCUGCUGGAAGCAAGCGGCUGGGGAUGACCACCCACAUUUCCGCCGCCACGGCUCCUCCUCCCAGGCACAAGAAGAGCUGCGACUUGUGCGUCGCUCGAAAAGUGAAGUGCUCUGGGGCUACUCCCUUAUGUACAUCGCGCGGGUCCGAGUGUCACUUCAGUCGCCGACGACCCAACCGGCCCCGGAGGUACUCGAAGCGCUCAAUCUCGGGGCUCGGCUAUCGCAAUGGAGCGAAGGAAGGCGUGGUGCAUCAGGGAAAGGCAGAGAUGCCCAUUGCCAGCUGGAAAAGAGCACGGCUGAGCGCGUCUCCAGCGACGGGGUUGGUGGGCAUGAAGGAAAACGAGUUGCUGAGCUCGUUCUUCAUCUGCUUUGGCUUCUUUCCUCUGACCCAUGAGAGCCUGGUCCGAGGUGCCAUCAUGGAAGUUGUACUCGUGCGGCCCGUCGAAGCUGAAGAUGUCGCCCAAACAAGACCAGCGGGAGCUUGGGGUAACAGCGAGCCGCGGCAGGGUACCGAUGCCGCUUCCACUUGCACGCUUUGGUGCGCGGUGGCAAUCGGGGCUCUUGUACAGGGCCAGCCAACUGAGAGGGUCACCGAUUACCUAAUCCUCGCGCGGACGUCGGUUUCGCACUGCUUCGAUAUGGUCACGGUGGAGACUGCUCGGGCUUUCAUGAUGAUGGCUUACCUUUACAACUUCCUGCGAAAUGAGAAAAUGUUUCAGAGGUAUCUUGAGUUUGCCAGAGGGGUCAUGGAACGGCUCCAGGACACUACGUCGCAGACACAGGAACUCUACGACCUGCUGGCGAGAGGAGACGACACGAGGAUUUUCCACACGGGUGCAUUUGAGGCUGAGGAACUGGAAGCCUAUUGUGUGGACAACGAAAAAGAUCUGAAGCUCCCCGACGUCAUCGGCAAGAGGGAAUUGUGCAGGUUGCUUGUCCAAACCGACAGGCGCUUGAUCAAGGCGUACUUGAGAGAUCACAGGGCACAAACAAAACGCCCCCUCGAGGGCCGCACUCUUAAACCCUCCUCCGGCCGGGAAGGCGAAACCCCGACCGAAGAUGUCCUAAACGGAGGCGGUCAAAAGCAAGAAAGGCUCAACGGGGGGCCCAGAGGAGGAGGCAAAUGGAGAAAUGGUGCAACACGCGGCGGAGCAGGCGACGUUUCGGAGAAGAGUGACGAGAUCGUAAGCUUCGCACCAAUCGACACCACCAAGAUGAAUGAUAAGGCAGAGCCAAGUCGACCGGGGGAGGAGACCCGAACGUGCCUCGGGGAAGCGCAGGUGGUUUUCUCGAGGCUCAAGACGACAGCAACAGACCCGGAGGUUGGCGUUGGGAUCGGAGGCCUCAUUUUCAACGCCAUUUCGGCGUACCUGGACAUUUCGACUGGUAGUACCAAGCUCGGCGCCGAGAAGGUUAAACUCUGCGCCAAGAUCUUCGUGAGGUAUCCAGGACUCUGCCGCUUCUCCAGGUGGCAACACCUGUCUCACUGCCUGCUUACCGUGCUAGCUACACUCGAGGAUGCCGAGCCUUUCGAAGAGCUGCGCCAGGUGUACAAUUCGGUUCGCACCGAAGACCUUGUGGAGGUGCCCGAACAGCAGGCGUGGACCAUGGUUGGCUUUUGCAACCACAUCUUUUGCAGGUCUUUUCAUGACCUGGGACUGAAAGCGACCAACACGACGGAGAUGGAACUCGAUCGCGGCACAGUUGGCGCAGAAGAGCAGCACAAGCUAGCAUCACAAGAAGAAGGCGAUCGCUGGGCAUGCCCAGCCGCCACCACGGCUCCGAGUGAGUUUUGCCGGGAUCAGGCGUGGCUAGGCAUCAGGCCUGGCUGGGUCGAGGGUGAGCUCCCGGAGAGAGCCGGUGCCUCACCUACGGAAUUUCUUCCGUUGGACUCCGUGGCAAGUGUCCACGGCGAUCACCCGAGCAGGGAGCCAGAGGCUCGCACUCCCUCGGUUCUGUCGGCCGCUGGGUUCAGGGCGGCGUGUGACCGCGAUGGUCACCGCACUCACGCUGGCGGGUGCUAUCCAGCGCGCGGUGCCGUGGCAAACGAUUCAGGCACCCUGGACGAUCCUGGCGCUGUGGCACCGUUUCAUUCGUCGUCUGGACCUUCGUGUACCGCAGCCUACCGCGCGCUGCCUAGCGCAUGGCAGGAACAUUCUGGGCUGGGUUUCCCGAUACACAGCAGGCAGGUAGAACAACGACGGUCCACGACAUGGCUUGGCUUCUAUGGUGGAAGUGACGUGGCGAUGCUGUGAUCCACUAGGUGCACGGCAAUCCAUAUCCAUCGUUCCGGGGAGCCACGUCUCGACCGUUCCCAACAAUGGACUCGGAGCUCGAUGCACUGACCACAUGGUCUGCACAGAAGAGGCUCAGGUCGUCGGUGGUACCAAGAAGAGUGGCACGUGGUGGACGGCGAGAAGCGAGAGGGGUAGUCGGUAGAUCUUGUUUUCUGCCGUCGUUUUUGUCUCCGUUGUGGUGUUCCGUCUCUACAUGACCGUUCUCGGUGCCCAUUUAGGCUUGUACGCACGGCGAAUGGAGGUCCUGGGGUGUUGGCUAGCGGAUCUACCUGACGACAUUGAAUGUUUUUGUUUGCUGGGAAGGGUGGUACUCACUUGGUUUCAUUGUUCCUGCUGUCUUUUGCUCGGAUAAAGACGACGGUUGUUUGCCACGCGGUUGGAGCUUUGAAAAUGCAUGGGAUUGUUUGGGAGAUCGAAUCCUAUGGGAGGGGAUUCGUCGAGUUAUUGGCAAAUUCGGCUAUCCCCACACCUACCAGAGCAGAAGAUAUAUGACAUUUGUUUUGGCACUGAUGUGGGAAAUGGUGCCUACACACAAUUGUCUGCGGUUGGUCAAAAAGGAAAUGCUUGGUGAAGCUGAACAUUGCAUUCUCUCUGGGAUUUGCAGCGCCGGUUGUAAUCUUCAGAGGACACGUAAGCGUGAACACCAUUUGUUCUAUUUGGUACUGCUUUUGAUGCGUGCUCUCCCGACCAGACACGUUGUGUUCGGCGUGUCUUCGGCGAGCAUGUAGAUGCAACAAAGCUUCGGUGGUGGUGCACCUUGUGUGACAGUGUAAGUAGUUCACCAGGCCAGGGCCCCGCGCAGAUUCUGAAGCCCGCCUUGUUCUCUCUCCUCAGAAGUAAAUGUGACGAGCGGCACACCGCUGGUCGUAUAGGCCGUAGAGAGUGUGCCAGGUUGGCACACGCGUUUCUUUUUUCAGGAAUGAUUGAUGGAGAUGUGGGGGUUGCCGACACGGGUACACGAAAAAGCCGGUUGAUGUACGGACAGUUGCACACCGCGCGAAAAAGCAACGUGCGUAACCGGUGCCGACAGUCGUGCUUGGCAGUGCUGGCCUUCUACUACUAGAGAACGUAAUUUCUUGGUUGUAUCAGCACGAUCUGGUUGAAUCAGCACGAUCUACACGAGCAAGUGGAAAUACCAUGAGAGUCGGA